AUGAUUCACUGGCCCCCUCCAGCCGACUCCUCUCCGUUUCCCUCCCCCGCGCCGUUUGCAUGCCUUCUCUGGCUUCCCGCGCCCGCUCUGCCCCCUGCGCCAGUGUUCCGCCCUCCGUUCUGCCCUCCUGGCGACUUCCUCCUGACUCGUACCGCCUCUCCCUCGAUCCUCCCCACCCUUCCGCCCGUCCCCACUGUGGUGUCGGCGGCCCACGCACCUCACGCCCCUCCCAUCUGCUCGUCUCGCGCCGCGGCCGCCCUUCUGGCGACGGCGACCAGGCGCCCUCCCUCCUGCUGCGCUGCUGGCGGCGCUCCGGUGAGAGCCUCCCCCCUCCGUGUUCUUCCUUCCGCGCGUGGCGCCAGUCGGGCAAGCGGGACCCGCAGUCCGUGGCUCACCCCUCCGUUCGUCACCGCGCGCCUGGCAACGUUCCGGCGAGCGCAUGCCGCCGCCGCCCCAGCCACUCUGGUCCUGCCGCCGGUCAUGCGGGCGGAACUCGCCCACGCGCCAUUCUCCACGACGCUGACCCCUUUCCGGCGUGCGCGACCGCUCCGCCCUUCCCUCACCGCGUGGUCUGGAAGCAUCUGCAUAGCGAGCGCCCUUGUCCGGUGUCCCUUGGUCCUGCCGCCUGGAGCCCUCCGCGCGGUGUCCCUCCCCACGGCUGCUGUCUUGACCGCGCGGUCCCUGUAG